CAAUCUUCCCCUACUUGAAGUAAGAAAUGCUUGUCAAAUUUAACCUAAGUGAAGAUGAUUUUGGUCAUGGUAUAUAUUGCUCUGGCUCUUGGAAUCCCGUGCCAAAGUUCUGGCAACCAAGUAGUACUACACUUGAAGGCAAACCUUGAUCUGGAACUACUAUUCUAAAUUUACACUGAUCCAUAUGAAAUGUGAAACAUGAAUACUCAAGCUUUAGCAAGAUAUUGAUUUCCCAGUUUUUAUCUUAUGCUUCAAGCUUGUUCCUCCCACUAAGCUCUGAAAGGAAUUCUCAGAUCAGCUGUCCUAAAUGUUGGAGAAGUAUUAUGGGUGGAGAAUAAAGAGGUUGUGAUUCAAUACAGGUCAGCUCGCAUUGGGGGACCAACAGAGACUCACAGGCUUGUUUCUGAAAGCAUAUCUAUACAUUUUGACUGCACUUUAUGUAUUAACUGAGUCCCUGCAAACUUUUGGGGCUUCAUUUAUCUGCUCUUCUUACAGGGUGUUGUGUUGUUGCUGUAUUCUGAGUUGCUAGAGAAGAGACUCUAGAUGUGGACUUUUAUUUGUGUAUUCUUGAAUUUUGGAUCGAAGGAUCAGAAAGCAAGGAUACAUUCUUUCAGUAUUGGCUCACUUCAAAGUUGAUCAAAAGAUCAAGGACAAAUUGGAAGCCCCCCUUUCCUGUGACUGUUUUCUAGAAUCUCGGGUUCUAGCUUGUGAUCCAUGUUUUUAUGAGCACCUCAUAGUAGAGAGUGAUACUUGGUUACAGUUUCAAGAGGAGAAAAUGGCUUUGAUUGGAGCUUAUGUAUUCAUGUGGAUAUACUGCUCAACAUAAGGGGAAUGCUUAAAAGAUGUGUCAAUUUUCCGAGUUGCUUUCUCAGCCUCCUUUUUCUUGGAAGUGCUUUAGGCCUGUACAUGUACAUCAUGACCAACUUCAUGGCUGAGAUUAGAGUGCAGGCAAUUCGUGGACUUCCUCUUCUUUGCAAAGACACUCCAGAGCAUGUACCCAAGAUUGUUGAUGUUCUUGGUCAGCUCCUUUUAGCAGAGGAAAACCUGGAGAGGGAUGCUGUACAGAAAGCACUGAUGUCCAUUUUACGGCAGGACACUAAAGCAGCAUCUUUGACAGCCCUCUUUAAACACAUAGAGUGUUCUGAUGAGAAUAUUCGUGAGAGAGUACUGAAUUUUGUGAAGGAUAAGGUGUUUCCUCUCAAGGCUGAGCUGUUGAAGCCACAGGAAGAAAUGGAAAGGCAUAUUACUGAUUUGAUCAAAAAGAGUUUGCAAGAUGUCACUGGUGCAGAGUUCAAAAUGUUUAUGGAUUUUUUGAAGAGUCUGAGUAUAUUUGGUGAAAAGGCUCCACCAGAGCGUGUGCAAGAGCUUAUAGAAAUUGUUGAAGGACAAGCAGAUUUGGAUGCACAAUUUAAUGUUGCAGAUAAUGAUCAUAUUGACAGACUGAUGUCAUGUCUUUACAUGGCUCUCCCCUUUUACAUGAGGGGAGCAUUAAACAGCAAGUUUCUUAACUAUCUUAACAAACAUAUCCUUCCUGUGUUUGAUAAGCUUCCUGAGGAAAAGAAAUUGGAUUUGCUGAAGAACCUUGCAGAAAGUUCACCUUACACAACACCUCAGGAUGCACGGCAUCUUCUUCCCUCAGUCCUUCAACUUCUCAAGAAAUAUAUGCCACGACGUAAGACAGGAGAGGAAUUGAACUUCACAUACGUUGAGUGCCUUUUGUAUACGUUCCAUCAACUUGCUCACAAGACACCAAAUGCUACAAAUAGUCUCUGUGGCUAUAAAAUAGUAACUGGUCAGCCAUCAGAUAGGCUUGGGGAGGACUUUUCUGAGAAUUACAAGGACUUUACUGAAAGAUUGACUAUUGUUGAAGAUCUGGCAAGGGCUACUUUGAGAAAGUUAAAUCAAGGAAUGUCAGAGCAUACUAAAGCCAUGGCUGCUGCUAAGGACGAUGCUGCAAAGGCUGAUGUUAAAGUGAAGAAACAGAAUACUGCUACAGGCCUAAAGACCUGCAACAAUAUAUUGGCAAUGACUCAGCCUCUGCAUUCAAAGGCCCCUACAUUCAUUGGAGAUAAGAAAAUAAAUCUUUCUUGGAAAGAAGCUAUAAAACCUGCUGCAACUCCAGCUUCAGCUGUGGCUGGGGUGAAGCGAACGGUUCCUGUAAACAACGGUACUUCUGGUGUCAAUAAAGCUAAGAAAGGACGUGUGGAGGGUGUGCCACCCACACAGCUUGUAAAUAGGGCUCUUGCAAGCUUGUCUCGAGGUGGAGGAAGAGGGAAUGGGAGAGGAAGUGGAAGGGGUGGUUGGCGAGGUGGUCGUGGUGGCAGGGGAAGGAGCUAUUGGUAGGUUUGCCAGAUGGCAAUAGUGGUAUUCUGUUUUCUACCUCAUGAAAUUUGGAUGCCUUGGUGGCCGUGUUCAAGUUGAAGAAAACAUACUAUCUUUGCAGCUAUAAGUGAGUUGUAGAUGUGGAUGUAUUAACAGCCCCUUUGAAGCUUGCUUGGAGCAUAUUCCUUGAGAAAUUGAAGGCCAUCUUCAUUGCGGUUCUAUUUUAGUGUUCUGUUUCUAUCUCACAUGUUAUAUAUUCAUAGAUGAUCGAGAUUAGUGAGCAAAUGUCAAAAUAUGCAGGAGGGAAAACAGAAUGCUAAAGAGUCAUCAGUAUGAUUCCAUACAAGUGCUAAGCUAUUUUUGCUGGGAUUAAACACUAAUUUUCCUUUUUUAAAUUAACUUUUGCACCACUAAGCAGUUAUUUUCUGCAAUUUUCUCGAAAUGUACUAGUAGAGAACUCAAGUACAGCUUUAACCUUGCAGUUAUUUUUCAACCUGUCAUUCAAAGAUCGUUAAACACAAUUGACUUCGAUCAUGCACCUAUGGAGUUGUGUUCCAUCUUCAAUAUUAGCAUUUACUGUAAUGACUUGAGCAUGCCAAUUGUAAGGUACUCGCGAACUUUCAUUGUUAAGAUCCUCAGAAGGUAACAUUUAGUUUCAUUUUA